AUGGGGGCAAAGGAUCUGGGAACCACAGUCAGAACACAGACAUUAUACUUUGAUCUAAUUCUUCUUUCUCUUCUCUACUUUUUCUUCUUUCUUCUUUUUUUUCUAUUUUUUCUUUCUUAUUUUUUUUCCUAUUUUUCUUCUUUCUUAUUUUUUCCUAUUUUUCUUCUUUCUUAUUUUUUCUUCUUUUUUCUCCUCCUCUUUCUUUCUUCUUUUUUCUCCUCCUCUUUCUUUCUUCUUUUUUCUCCUCCUCUUUCUUUCUUCUUUUUUCUCCUCCUCUUUCUUUCUUCUUUUUUCUCCUCCUCUUUCUUUCUUCUUUUUCCUCCUCUUUUCUUUCUUCUUUUUUCCUCCUCUUUCUUUCUUCUUUUUUUCUCCUCCUCUUUCUUUUCUUCUUUUUUCUCCUCCUCUUUCUUUCUUUUUUUUCUCCUCUUUUUUUUCUUCUUUUUUCUCCUCCUCUUUCUUUCUUCUUUUUUCUCCUCCUCUUUCUCUUCUUUCUUCUUCUUUUCUCUAAUCUUCUACUAUUCUUCUCUAUUCUUUUUAUUUUCUGUUCAUUUUUCUUCUCUAUUCAUCUUUUUCUAUUCUAUUUCUUCUUCUUCUCUAUUCUUCUUCAUCUCCUCCUUUCCUCCUCUUUUUCCUGUUAUUCUCCCUCCUCCCCCUCUUUCCUCCUGUUUCCCUUCUCUCCUACUCCUCCUCUUCUUGCCUCCUCCUACUUCUUUCUAA